AUGUUCCCAAUGGACCAUGCGGUGGCAGCAGAGCCCGCCUCUCUAGCAGGCCUGUUCAGCACGGCCCAACUGGAGUUUCCCAAUUUGGCCAGCACUCUCCAGCAGGUGACUAUAGUGGAUCGAAAACCUGUGGAGGGGAACUCUCACUACCCCCACUUCCUGCAUCACCCUCACCACCCCUACCUCCUGCAGAACUCUCACUACCCCUACUUCCUGCAGAACUCUCACUACCCCUACUUCCUGCAUCACCCUCACCACCCCUACUUCCUGCAGAACUCUCACUACCCUUACUUCCUGCAGAACUCUCACUACCCCUACUUCCUGCAGAACUCUCAUUACCACUACUUCCUGCAUCACCCUCACCACCCCUACUUCCUGCAGAACUCUCACUACCCCUACUUCCUGCAGAACUCUCACUACCCCUACUUCCUGCAGAACUCUCACUACCCCUACUUCCUGCAGAACUCUCACUACCCCUACUUCCUAACUCUCACUACCCCUACUUCCUGCAUCACCCUCACCACCCCUACCAGAACUCUCACUACCCCUACUUCCUGCAUCACCCUCACCACCCCUACUUCCAAACUCUCACUACCCCUACUUCCUAACUCUCACUACCCCUACUUCCUGCACCACCCUCACCACCCCUACUUCCUGCAGAACUCUCACUACCCCUACUUCCUGCAGAACUCUCACUACCCCUACUUCCUGCAGAACUCUCACUACCCCUACUUCCUGCAUCACCCUCACUACCCCUACUUCCUGCAGCACCCUCACUACCCCUACUUCCUGCAGAACUCUCAUUACCACUACUUCCUGCAGAACUCUCACUACCCCUACUUCCUGCAGAACUCUCACUACCCCUACUUCCUGCAGAACUCUCACUACCCCUACUUCCUGCAGAACUCUCACUACCCCUACUUCCUGCAGAACUCUCACUACCACUAUUUCCUGCAGAACUCUCACUACCCCUACUUCCUGCAGAACUCUCACUACCCCUACUUCCUGCAGAACCCCCACUACCCCUACUUCCUGCAGAACUCUCACUACCCCUACUUCCUGCAUCACCCUCACCACCCCUACUUCCUGCAGAACUCUCACUACCCCUACUUCCUGCAUUACCCUCACCACCCCUACUUCCUGCAGAACUCUCACUACCCCUACUUUCCUGCAUCACCCUCACUACCCUACUUCCUGCAUCACCCUCACUACCCCUACUUCCUGCAGAACUCUCACUACCCCUACUUCCUGCAGCUAUGGGAUACAUUUUGA